AUGGCGUCCGGGUCAACUGGACUGCCUGCGUUUCUUCGUGAUAUCAGUGGCCUUCAAAUUGUCUACAUCGACCCCUCGAAGGAGGUCCUGGACAUUGAGACAGAAGGCCGCGAGGUAAAGGUGAAAGUUGCCACAUGGAGCCCGGACGGACAGCUCUUGGCUUUUGUGGAUCCCAAUGAAGGAGUUGGUGUUGCUACUGUGGAGGAGGCGCGCCUUGAGAUGAACAUUCUUCCAGGAAGCUCCAAGUCGACCGUGGGGAUCUAUUGGUCGCCCUUGGGUUCGACGCUUGUGACAGAAAGGAAGCUCGGAGUCCAAUCUCCAAUUAUGGAGGAAACGGCUCAGUUGGAUGGGAUGAUUGACUGGAUCUUUCGUUACGAACAUCGCGGCCUGGAUUUUGGACAUCACGAGGGGUUCAUAUCGCAAGGUAGCUUCUUCCGAGGAUGGCGCAAUGAAUUGGAUCGGGAUGGGCUGCUGGAGGUCCAUUUCCAAUCCUUGGCCAGCUUCGCAGCACGCCAUGCCUUGAAACUGGAUCUGCCGUCGCUGUUUGGUCAUGACCGUGAUCGAAUGAUCCCCUUGACCGACAUCUGCCCGAAACGAGCUGCUCUGCUGGCUUCGCUGCAGGAGUUUGUAAAGCAUCACUUUGGUGGGCCACUGGGGAUGGUGCCAGAAGGCGAGUAUCAAAGUCGUGAAGGCCUUCGACGCUUGUGGCAGCUCAGAGGUUUUAAGGUUUCAGAGGAGGAUCUCCAGCAGCUACUGAGUUUCAUCGAUGUAGAUGCGGCAGGUGUGGCCGGGGAGGAUUUGACCUUCCUGGAACCGGACCCUGUGGCGCGAAAGAUCUUGGGAGUGCGGCUGCGGCAGAAACGACAGCAGCAGCAGCAGGAACUGUUGGCCAAAGCCUUCUCGGAGGACACCUUUGAGUUGCCUUCCCACCAUCGCUUGGCCGUCCGUCCCUGGCAUGCCUCAGCCUUUGAAAAACUACCACGGCUCCAGAACCAGCGGCAGCACCGCUGGCGCCGGCAGCACCGGCGCAGGAAUCGACAGGCGAAGGAGCUCUUCCUGGCCCAUUUGAAGGACAUGAGUGGUUCUGUCGUGAGGGCAUGGAGGAUGAAACUGGACCCCGAGAACCGUUCCACCAUGGAUGAACAGAGUUUGAGGAGAUACUGCUCCAAGGCAGCUGUGCAGUUGGACGUUUCGGCUCUAUGGCAAGCACUUGAUGCUGACAAAGAUGGGCAAUUGCGUUUAGAGGUGCUAAAUCCAGAGGCCGCCGAGGUCUUGGCACAGUUCCGCAAGUGGGCGUCCGACAUGUCUGGCAGCUGUGCACAGCUCUGGGACUCCACGGAGUUGGUAGAAGCCAGGAAGGAACCGCAGAGGAAUGGACGCUGGCGAUCGGAGAAGAAGAUGUUGUUGAACCAUUUAGCACAAGUUCUGAAGCAACACUUCGCUCGCUCCGCCCCUCCUUUGCUCUACAACUCCUUGGAUGCGUACGGCUGUGGCUUCGUCAGCCGCGAGGAUUUCGUUUGGCUGGACCGGUGGCAACCCUGCGACUGGAUCGCGGCCACAGCUGAUGCGGAAGAAUGGGCCAUCUUGAAAGCAUUGCUGAUACGCCUGGAGGGUCACCCGCUUCGCGCCUGGCGGAAACGCUUGGACAAAGAUGAUUCCAAUAGCGUUUCCUGGUUGGAGUUUCAACGCUGUUUCCAAGAGCUGAACUUUCAUGGCAAUGUCCCAGGCGCAUGGAGGCACGUGGAUGAAGACAUGUCCGGCAUCAUCAGCCUGAAAGCGUAUGACAUGCCUUCUGCGCAACUCCUGAGCUCCUUCAAAACCUGGGCAGAGGAACACUUUGGUUCGGUUCAUCGAGCAUUCACCGUGCUGGACAACGAUGGAAGCGGUUUCAUCUCGCUCCCGGAAUUGCAGCGUGCUUGCCUAAAGAGGCCCUGGAAAGGUGAUGUGAAGAUGCUCUUCCGCUGCUUGGAUGUGGAGGAUGGAAACCAUCCCAGAUUGUCCUUGGCUGAACUGGGCUUUUUGGAUAACUGGGAGGUCUCUGCGUCCGAAUCCGAGGACGAACGGGACGAACCCCGGCGCGCCCAAGAGGCGCCCCGCGGCAGCUCCGCCCGUCGCCCGCCACGGGAGAAGCGCAGCGCCGUGCCGCUGCCGGAGCUGCGCUCGCAGUCGCAGCCGGCGAAGCGCUGCGAGAGAACCCCAUCACGCACUUCGUCCACUUCCUCCCGUCUGACAACGGUGUCGGCGGCGAAUCUGAUCGGGGAGGGUCCCCCGGACAGCGGCGCUCAUCGACAGCUGCAGAAGGAUCCUCGUCAAGAGCACGAACAAUGGGUUCAACAACGAGAACAGGAAGUGCAGAGCAUUUAUCGUGUGGCCUCCGAAAGAUAUGGAAGCUCCAGCUCUGAGGUGACGAAACGUCUCUACCAUCCUCAUGUGCGCGAUCCUAAGACAGGCGUGCCCAGUUGGUUACAUUCGCUGCGUGAAGCCACACGGUCCCGGAGUGAGGCAUUGCUGCCGCGCGGCACACAUUUGACGGGCGCUCCAGUGGGGUCUUCCCGGAGUUCUUUGAAGGAGGCGCCCCCUGCUCCUGCUGCUCCUGGCGCUGCCGAGCUGCCGGGAGUUGAGCCAAUCUACCGCUAUGGUAGCAAUGGCAGCGUCGUUGGACCCUUCAAACUCUCAGAGGUGCGUCUGAAGCCCAUGCUGGGCGAAGACUUUUCGCGUGGCUGA